AUGGCUUGCACAGUAGCAGUAAUUGCGACUGGCGGCUCAGCCACCGUAAUCAUGGGUAGCAAGCUCAUAAAAUACUUGAAUGAUCCCGUUGAAGAUGAACAAAAGGAGCUCGCAGACGAUAUGGUAGUUGCCAUAGGCGUUAUAGUACUGGCGGUGGUAUUCUUCAGGGUUAUUUUCACUCUGGCUUGGCUAGAAAGCGAUGUUACGGUGUGGAUCUUCAACGGGGUCGUUGCGAGGAGUUGUGCAGAGGUUUGUGUGACUUUGGGGUUGCUUAAGCUUGCAGCGGCUGCGCUGCACACACUUCGACGAUGA